AUGAUUUCUCCUGAAAAUGUAUAUCCAAAAAUAAUCGAAAAAAAUGAGGAAAUAACUUGCGUUGAUGAUUCUAAAAAACACGAAACAUUAUUCAAUAUGCAAAACGAACAAUUUCCUUAUUUACCACUAGAUGUGUUAGAAUUAGAUUGUAAUCUGGGAUAUGUGAUAAAUGCUAUCAACGUGAAGAACAAGGAUAAGGUGUUCAUGUACUUAAUAGAACAAACGAAUACUAUACAAGUAAACAAAACUCGUUCGCUAAUUUAUUUUAUGGAUAAAAUGAAACAUGUUCCAUAUAUUCAACAACUUAUUGAUGUAAUCGAAGAUGAAAACUACUUGGCUAUUGUUUGGGAGGAUCCUGCUCUUGCAAAUCUGCAUGAUAAUAAUCUAGCUCACAUGUCCUUAAAUUGUGAUACCCUUUGGAUCAAAAAUAACAAUGUGAAACUUGUAGAUUUCGCAUCAUUAGGUCAUUUUACUACCGCAAAUAUUGUUCACAUUGUGCAAACAUUGAAUUCUAGUGCAUAUGAUAUAUUUACUUCUCCUGAAAUUAUUGAUCGACAACCUUGCUGGGGUUGGAGACCCGAUGUUUGGGCUCUGGGUGUUGUUUUUUAUUACACGUUAGUAGGUCAAUUUCCUUGCGAUGGUGAUUAUGUAAAGUUUCAUCAAGAGAUAAAAAAUGGCACAUUUUUGUUUUCUGAUGAUAUAGAUCCAG